UCAACUCUUCAGGGGCUAAAAAGACAUGCGUGUGCUCGCCGUCGUUCUUCUUCUCAUUAACGUCAUCGGAGCUGUUUCAUCGUUUUAUGUGUUGAGAAGUAGUGGCAGUCAAGGAGACGACGACACCCUCUCCACCCCGUUAACUCGACUACGCCGGAGUGGAAUCUUAUUCGGAAAAUUGGCACGGAACUGGGCGGCCGAUGACAAGAGAGUUGUUCUCAGGCCGUUAGUGGAAUAUGAACACGAUCCGUGGCAUUGACAAUUGUUGAAUUUCCCAUUUUUUGUCAUAAUUUUUUUGAGAAAAAUAUAUAUAAAAUGCUACUGAUGACGAUGAUGACGAAGGCGACCUCUAAUAAAUCGGUUUCCCAGUU